UGGGGCUGGGGCGCCGCGGCCAGGUGCAGGACGGGGGCCGCGGGGCCGGGCGCGGGGCGCGGGGCGGACACGCGUGCCCCCGCAGGUGCGCGCGAGGUCCCACGCAUCCCCGAGAUGCAGGACGGCACGCUUGGCUACACGCCCCUGCGCACGCCUGGCAGCGGGGGCCGCGCGGGCCGGCGCGAUCGCUAG